CCUCCUCUCUCACCGCAAAUACAUCAAACGGCUGUCACGACAGCAUCGGCGCCAUUGUAUUCAAUCAUUGCCACACAGCAUUCAGAAUGUCCCGUUCCGGUGGAACAACACUUUACGUUACGGGCUUCGGUCACGGCACACGAGCGCGCGAUCUCGCCUACGAAUUCGAACGAUAUGGUCGCCUUGUUCGCUGCGAUAUUCCUGCACCACGCACUGCAUCAAGUCGCCUGUUCGCAUUUGUAGAAUACGAAAGUCGUCGCGAUGCUGAUGAUGCCUACCAUGAGAUGCAUAAUAAACGCAUUGGUCGUGAUGAUUUGCUAAAGAUAGAGUGGGCUCGUACGCCACCAUCUGCAUCUUGGCGCUUCGACUCUGGCCGUGAUCGCCGUCGAGAUCGUACUCCUCCUCGUAGAGGACGUUCUCCGUCUCCCCGUCGUGGACGUGGUGAUUAUUCACCGCGCAAGGACGACAGGCGAGAGCGCGACUACGAUCGUCGUGAUCGAGACCGUGACCGUGAUCGAGAACGAGAGCGUGAUCGUGAUCGUGACAGGUCUCGAAGCCCUGAAGACCGUGAUCGCGAUAUCAAAGAGGAUCGUGAUCGACAUGAUGAUAGGGAUCGCCGUGAGGAUGACCGCGAAAACGGCACUAAUGGGGAGGACAGAAAGACCCUCGAUCCUCUCCCUUCCGGCCACGAUGAGCUUGACACAGCCGAGUAAAUAAAUGCUGGAGUUGUCUAAUGGCCGUAUGGUAGGCGUUCCCGUGUUUUAUUAUGUGACUCUUGUGACUUGGUCAUGCUUUGUCUGUAAAUGGCAGAAUCUCGCUGUAAUCAAUGCUUGCUCGAUGCUCUCGGGGAGUCUUACCCUGUGUAGCUUCCAUCAAUUAAAGUAGUAGUAACCGUGCCAUCCUGCGCACCAACGCUCCCGUUUUUGGUGCGCACCGGUCUAAUCCGAAUUUUUCAUAUUUUUCAAUAAUUCGCCUUAUUAGCUAACGCCAUGAAGUCGGACAUAUUAAAAAAAAGGGAAGCUAUUUUAAAGAUUGUAGAAGCCUAUAAGGUUGAAAAAUCUAAAAAAUUUACUGAAG